ACCAGCUGUUUCAAUUCAUGACACAAAAUCUAUAUGCAAACAAUUCGCUGGUUUGAAAUCCCGUACGUCCAAGUAACGCAAGCUAUUUAUUUAAUAUAUAUAUAUAUACGCAGAAAAUGGUACUAUUGACGCCUUCACAAGUAUCCGUAGCGAUCUCUUCGGUUAUAGUGGUUUUAUUUACAUCAGCACUGUUCCUCAGUGGCUACGUGAUACAACAGCGCACGCUGCGCGACCUGCGGAAAGCUAUCAGACCAGAUCCUCGACCAAGUCCAAAAAUCUAUCUGCCGGACAGAUUUAAGCAAUCUACGACCGAAUUGCCCGAUGGCACAGUUGUAGAUAUAAGCGACGAAGACUUGUCUAGUGGGAAUCCUGCACAAAACAAGAAGGGCGAUUUCGUCAUCGAAAUUCGCCCUACAAUACCUGAAGACGACGCGCAACAGCAAGUGAUUACAGGGAUAAGGCAAAAGCAGGAAAACCCUAACAGUAAAGAGGCCAAAGGCAACAGUCUCAGCAGGGAGAAGCAAGACAAAAAGGGCGAAGAGCCCGUCAGUAGAGCUGAGAGGCGGAGGCGCAUCAAGGAAGAGAUCCGAGAGCUUUCACAAGGCGAAUCGCCAAUGUAUUAUCAGCGUAGGUUAUGGUGAACGUAUGAGACGUCACAGUUGUGGGAAAGGGUACGUACAUACAGGCAAUUCGCCAGCUAUGUAAAUCACGGGAUCAAGCAUGUGCUUUGUGCUUUUGGAGUUACGGUAUAUAGGUUGGAACAUGGGUUACGGCUGAUAUGAUUUUACGUGGUACUGAGGCAAGCAAACGAGUAUAAGGAUGUUGGCGCACUCAGUGCAGUUAUAACAGUCGCAUCGAACGUUUUGGUUCUCGCAAUUUUCUGAGCCCCAUGAAAGUUU